CUAGCUUCUCGUCCAGCACUACCGAGUUGCCGCGACACACACUGCACAUACUCACAUACAUCGCACGACUGCAUCGGCAUGGCGGGCUCCACGAUGGCGUUGAGAUCGUUCUCGGUGCGGAGGCAGCCGGCGGAGCUUGUGGCGCCAGCGUCGCCGACGCCUCGUGAGCUGAAGCUGCUCUCGGACAUCGACGACCAGGAGGCGCUGCGGUUCCACGUCCCCGUCAUUCAUUUCUUCCAGCAGGGCGGCGACCUCGCCGCGGUGGUGCUCCGGGACGCCAUCGCCAGGGCGCUCGUGCACUACUACCCGUUGGCCGGCCGUCUGAGGGAGCUCGACGGCCGCAAGCUCGCCGUGGACUGCACCGGCGAGGGCGUGCUGUUCGUGGAAGCCGAAGCCGACGUCCGCCUUGAAAAUUUCGGUGACCCCGUCCAGCCUCCCUUCCCAGGCCUCGACCAGCUCAUGUAUGACGUCCCCGGCUCCAGCGCCCUCUUGGACACCCCGCUCUUCCUCUUUCAGGUGACACGGCUGGCAUGUGGAGGCUCCGUGUUCGGGGUGCGGGUGCAGCACACCAUGGCGGACGGGGCGGGGAUGGUGCAGUUCCUGGCCGCCGUGGCAGAUCUGGCUCGGGGAGCGGCGACGCCGACAGUGCGGCCGGUGUGGGCACGCGAGAUCCUGAUGGCGCCGCACGAUGACCAAUCGCCACUGACUCGCUUCGCGCACCACGAGUACGAUGACGUGCCGGACACCGAGCUCGACGGCACCAUCGUCUUGCCCCUCAUCGACGACAUGACGCACCGCUCCUUGUUCUUCGGUCCUAGGGAGCUCGCCGCCGUCCGCUCCCACCUGCCACCCUCCCUCCGUCACAGCACCACCACCUUCGAGAUCCUCACCGGGUGCCUGUGGAAGUGCCGCACAAAGGCAUUGGCCCCGGCCGCCGACGAGAAGAUGCGGAUGAUCUGCAUUGUAAACCUGCGCGGCCGUGGACUAGACAGCAACAUCCCGCGUGGCUACUAUGGUAACGCGCUCGCUUUCCCGGUGGCCAUCUCCACGGCCGGUGAGCUCUGCGCGAACCCCGUCGGCUAUGCCGUGGAGCUGGUGAUGAAGGCCAAGAGGGCAGUGGACUUGGAAUACAUGCGCUCGGUGGCCCGGCUCAUGGUGCAUCGGGGACGGCCGCACUUCGCGGUGGCGAACGGGUACCUGGUGUCAGACGUGUCCAAGGUUGGGAUCCGUGAACUUGACUAUGGCUGGGGGAAGUCGGUGUACGCCGGGCCGGCCAAGGGCGGCGUCGGCGUCAUCCCCGGUGUGGCCAGCUUCCUCAUCGCCGUCAGGAACGCCAUGGGUGAGGACGGCAUUGCCGUGCCCGUGUGUCUGCCCAGGCCAGCCAUGGAAGAGUUCAUGGAGGAGAUGAGCAAGCUGAUGCAACCGGCCGUCGCCGACAUUACUCCCAGGAUCAUAUCCGCGAUGUAAUCACUUGCGCAGUUGCGCAUCGUCAGGCUAUGCCGGUCUGCGUCGAUUACCCGAUCGGGAUGUUUACUUGUACUCGUUGCCAAACCUCUAUAUUUACUGGUUCCCUUGAAAUUUUUAUUUGUUCAAGAAAAUAUGUUCGUAAAUACUACUCCAGAGAUAUUUUUUUCCGAUAAAUGGCAGUUACCUUACUUAAAA